AUGGUUGUUGGCAAGUGGGUUGGAAUCGGGGACGCUUUGCCGGCCAAGGCAUUCCAUGUUGCUCUAUAUUUAGUUUCGUUGGCACAAACUGCAAAUACACCAAGUCCAAUUGUGAAUGCUUAUUAUAGUUUAAAGUGGUUUCAUGAUUUGUAUGAUUUGGACUCUCCUACUAAAUCCAAUUUGGUGAGAAAUGUUUUGGAGGCGUCAAAGAGGAGAUUAGCCAAACCAGUUGUGAAAAAGAAACCGAUGACUGUGGACUUAUUAUUGUCAAUGUAUAAAAGUAAGUUCAGUGUUGGUAAUCUGAAAAAUCAAAGAAUUAGAUGUGCGUGUUUACUUGCGUUUGCUGGGUUUUUGAGGAGUGAUGAGCUGCUACGUAUCAGAGUGUGUGACGUCAUGUUUGCCAGUGCAUAUAUGAGUGUGUUCAUUGAAUCUAGUAAGACUGACAAAUAUAGAGAUGGUGCAUGGCUGAUGAUUGCUGAGACUGGGACGUGUUUGUGUCCGGUAAAAAAUUUGAAGUUGUUUUUUGACUGGGCCAGUUUAAAGGAGAAUUCGGAUCAAUAUAUUUUUUGUAGUUUGUCUCCAACCAAAGAUGGUUAUAAGGCGAGAUCGGACAACAAAUCUAUGUCUUAUACUACUUUACGAGAGUUGUUUAUUGAAGCGUUUAAACCACUUGUUGAGGAUAUGUCUCAAUUUUGUUUGCAUUCUUUGCGUGCUGGUGGAGCUACAGCAGCUGCCAAGAAUGGUAUCGAAGAUAGAUUGUUUAAACGUCAUGGUCGCUGGGUUAGUGAAAAUGCCAAGGAUGGCUAUGUGGAAGAUUCUUUUACAGAACGUCUUAAGGUUUCUGAGAGUUUAGGCUUGUAA